AUGACUAAAUUAUAUAUUUUAUGUUUUAUUGCCAUAAUUUUGGAUGUGGUGUAUGAGCCCCAUGUGUCGGGCAUCGGUAAUUUGGUGAAAAAGGGUGCCGAUGCCGUGCACAGUGGGGUCAGUAAGAUAGGUGAUACAGUCAUAGAGCAAGGGUUUACCGCAUUUUGUGCCGGUACUGGUGAGUGCGUUAAACAACUCAAACCAUUGGGUUUGGGAUUCACGCACUGCGAUAAGGCACACGCCGAUCAACCAUGGUGCAAAUGUAGCGAUAUUAAGGUGAUCGACAACAGCGACACAUUGCACAACCUUUUAUGCGGUUUGGCCAAAGACAAGGGAAAGGAUUUUUUUGCGCAGGCGAUGGUGUGCUUCAAAAUGCCCGACGCGACCAAAAAGCAGGACUGUAUGGCCGGGUGGUUUCAGCAGAUUGAGAGCUGCAAAGACACCGCUGCUUUGAUGGGCGACGCCGUCAAGGGUUAACCAGUUUUGUGCCGAGGUCUUCACAACUAGUCAUAUAAUUACAUAAUUACUAUUCAGUUUUAUUGUUUUGUUAAAUACUCUUAUGGAUUAUAGUAAAUACUGUUCAAGUAUUCUGUACUAACAAUAUCAAUUAAAUCAAAUGCAAAACACUAAUUAUUAUAUUUAAUUAUUAUUUUAAAUACCGU